AUGCACUGGAGCAGCAGUAUAGAGUUCCUGAUAAUUGUUGCCUUUGCAGGCAUCGCACAAUCCUUUUUAUGGUGGCCACACUGCGUUAAAAAGCAGCAAUGGCUGAACAGCGUCGUGCUGCCAUCGGUACCAUCGUCCCCGCCGAAGCCGCCAUCAAGUCUGCCAGCUGAGGUGAGCUAUAGGACAGUGUACGAUUUUAUCGUUGUUGGUGGUGGUACCGCGGGUUCGGUGAUCGCUAGCCGGUUGGCAGAGUUACAGCAGUGGCACAUUUUGCUCAUUGAAGCUGGUGACGUCCAUAACGGUCAGGAUGUGAGCUGGAACCUUAGAGCAGAACCUCAGGUGAACUCUUGUCUAGGAGAACGUGACCAGCGGUGCGAAAUUCCAACCGGUAAAGGAUUGGGAGGAAAUACUCGGAUCAACAAUAUGCUGUACGUCCGAGGAAGUGAAUCAGACUAUGAUGCGUGGACUAAGCAAGGCAAUGUGGAGUGGUCCUACCGGAAUGUACUACCGUACUUUUUAAAGCUCGAAAAUUAUCGUACCAACGUUUCCGCCAACUCACGACAACAGCGAGGCAGCGGCGGACCGGUUCCGAUAUUCGGAAUGCCUGACAAGUCAUCCCUCGUGCAUACUUUCGUCUCUGCCUGCAAUCGUCUCGGUUUACGAACGGCCGAUUAUAACACAGAAACGAAUCAAACCGUCGGCUACGUGCAGUUAACGAAUCGUCGCGGAAGGCGGAUUACAGCUUCCGACGCGUACAUCUCACCCGUAAAACCACUCUUUACCAACCUUCACAUCAUGACGUCGGCACGAGUUACCAAGGUGUUAAUCAAACCCCGAACCAGGCAAGCGGUGGGCGUGAAAGUUCUUAUUGAUGGUAAACAGCGAAACAUACGAGCAACCAAAGAGGUGAUCCUUUCUGCAGGUCCGAUUUUUACACCCCAGCUGCUACUAUUGUCCGGCAUCGGUCCGAAGUCGCAGUUGGAAGCUUUGGGUAUAACGGUACAUGAAGAUCUGCCAGUCGGAGCAACAAUGAACCUUCGAUACAUAGCAUUUCCCUUACACCUGGCCACAAAUAGAACGCUAACGUCGAUGCCACAGAAGAAGUUGGAAGCAAUUGCAUUAUUAAAUACUCUGCAACAGACAGAAAACGUAGGUCCUAGUCAUGAGAUCCUUUUCCAGUACGAACCACGAGAUGCGAGAGAAUAUUUCUCACUCGGUUUGAUACAUCUAAGACCGGCGUCAAGUGGUUUCUUGCGACUCAAAUCCAUAGAUCCCAUGGAUAAUCCCCUAAUCUACACACAAUUUUUUAAUAACCCAAACGACAUGGAGGAAAUCUUGCAUGGUAUAACGGAAUGUCUCAAGAUUCUUCGCACAGAGGAGUUCAUAAAAUUGGGUUUAAGGGCAAGAAAACUAAAAACUCCUCCGUGCGAUCAGCUUCGGUACGGCACGGAUGAUUACUGGCGAUGUGUGGUUCGUCACGUAGGUCAUGUAGCCGAUCAACCGUACGGCACCUGCCCUAUGGGCAGUAGAGAGAACGGUCAAUCAGUGGUAUCGCCAGAGUUAAAAGUUCAUGGAAUUGAAAAUCUACGAAUCGUUGAUGCUAGCGUGAUGCUACCGGUAUCCAACGGCCAUACGCAGGCCACGGUAUACAUGAUAGCCGAAAAGGCAUCCGAUUUGAUCAAGAGCUUUUGGGACUGGGGCAACGAACUAGAACGACGUCGCUAG